UUUCUUUUAUUUAGGUGGGCGUCGGGAGAAGAACAGAAGAACUUUUCGAAAUUACACAAAGCUGUAGCCCAAUUAUUUUUAGUACAUAAUUGUCGGUAUCUUAAGCAUCUUUGCAGUAACUGAGUAUGUGAUGGUGUAGGCAAACCUUCGCAUGCUGCGCCGUAUCUUCUAAAAGGUCUAAAAUACAAGGAAAAUUACGAAGCACCUGCACAGCAUAGACGUCGAUAAAAAAAAAAAUAUAACGAAUAAAUUGAAGUUCGGUUCCUCAACAAUAAGAAUGGGUUGUGGGCUCAGUUCGGAGGCCGCCGCAGCCCUACCAGUGCCAUCCAGUCCUGACGAAGCCCUAGAGUUGGCCAUGAAGCACGGAGACAUACAGGCUCUGGAAAAGGCUCUCGAAACCCAUGCGAAUGUAAACAAGAAAGUCAAAGACGAGCAUGGCACCGAGUGUACCAUUCUGCACAUGGCUGCUCGAGUUGGCAACGGAGAGGCAAUAAAGAUGAUCCUCAAGGCUGGGGCUGACAUCCGCGCCGUAGAUAGCAAUGGACAGACAGUGCUGCACUGGGCCGCUCUGCAUGAUAAACCCGACGCUGUUGUUGAAUUAGUGCAGGGAGGACUCCCCGUGGACACACCGGGGAGCAAUGGAGAGACGGCUCUGAAGAGUGCACUCCUAAAGAAGGCAAACAGCGCGUUGGCCAAACUCAUAGAGCUGGGAGCGUCGGUACAGGACCCGGACAAGAAUGGACUGGAAGCUCCUCUGGUCACAGCAGCCAAGAAUGACAACGUGACAGCAGUGUUGCUGUUACUCAAGGCGUAG